AUGGAAGACCAACAAGUUAAGCAUCAUCAUCAUCAGCAUCUACCUUUUGAUAUCAUCUCAGAGAUAUUGUCAAGGCUCCCCAUAGAGUCUCUUAUGCGAUUCAAGAGCGUUUGUAAAAGCUGGUUCAGUUUGAUAAAAGAUCAAUCAUUCGUUGAAUUGCAAUUUGAAAGAUCAAAGAAGAAUCAACCACACAGCAGCCUAAUUCUUUUUAAUAACUAUGGUCCUUCAGAUAAAAAAAAGUUGUUUUUGGUAGACCCCGAGGUCACAGAUAAAGAUAAAGAAGAUAAAGAUGAAAAACAUAUUUGGAAAGCAAGGGAUAUUAUGUUGUUGGAGUAUGAGUGGAAGUAUGAGAGGGACCCCAAAGAAAAGAAAUUGAAUUUCAAAAUUUUUGGGUCUUGCAAUGGUUUGCUCUGCAUGGUUUCUCGCUUGGGUUAUGGUUGCUGCAUUAGUAUUUAUGGCAUAUUCAUAUGCAACCCAAUCACAAAAGAUUGUUUGAUGUUACCAGUACCAACUGGGUUUCUUAUAAAUUGUUAUGUAAUUGGUUUUGGUGUGGAUUCCACUGGAAAGUACAAGGUGCUUCGAAUAUUUUUUACCAAAAAAUGUGAUGAUUAUGCAGUGAUGAAUUGUGAGAUUAUUACAUUAGGUGAAAGUUCAUGGAGAAAGGUAGAAGAGGAGUUCCCUUAUACUUACACACCCCAAUGUGAACAGGACGAGAUGGUAUUCAUGAAUGGGGCACUUUAUACCAUAAUAAUGCCCACCAGUUCACAGCUGCAGCCCUUCAUCCUUGUGUUCGACCUCCAUGAUGAGAAGUUUUACACUAUACAGAUCCAAGCUCCGUCUAUAGUUGAGCUGCCCAGAUAUUAUAAUUUGAGCCUAACCAGUUUUAUCAAGGAUGAUUACGGUCAGCUGCUGGCUUUGCAUCUUCGUCUUCCUGAUAGAUCAAAAUCAGUGAAUCCUAUAUGGUUCAUGGAGAUUAACAAGUACUCCAACAAUGGGAAGGAGUUGAUGUACCGAUGUGAUAGUAUUAAUAUGGUUGAGACCACAAAGCCCAUUCUAUAUCAUUCUAAUUCCUAUGAACUCGUGGGUAUGAUGACCAAUGACAUUAAUACCCUCUUGUAUAGGACAGAUGUCUUCGACACGUAUUCUGAUAAUUUCUUCAAGAAUAAUAAGAAUGCAGCUGGCCCAUCACAGUUGGAACCACCAAGAUCAUCAUCGUCGUUGGUCAGUUUUCUUCUUGUCUAUCAUUUGGAGAAGAAGCAAUCGAUGCAUGUUGAGGUGUGUGGAGCAACAAUUCCAAUACGCUUUAAAGCAACAAGUUUUGUUCCAAGCCUUUUAUCUCCAAUUGUUAUUGCUAAUUCUGGCAACAAGUCAAAGAUAGAGAAGCUUCCUGCUUGUUCUGAUGACCUUAUUGAACCACCCCCUCAAAAAAAGUCAAAGAAAGAUACUAGCUAUUAUAGGUCACAAGGGCUACACUUGGAAUUAGUGGGCUACUCCUCCCUGCACAGGAGUUAA